AUGGUGUCACUAUUCAAAGAGGUUGUUCUGGUGAACCUGUUGAUAUGCAUAGUAGUUUUCUACACUGUGUACUAUGUGGUCCUAUCUGUGUGCUUCGCAGUAUUCAAGAUUAAAAUGUUGGAUGGUUUGGCACCUUUUGAUUUUAAGACAAAUCCCUCAUGGAUUAACCCAUAUUAUUUAGUUCUUGUGAUAUCAUUGGAAAUAACUUUCUUCAUUUGUGGUCUGCUGUUUGCUCUGGUUGUGGAAGAAUGGGUUUGGGAUUAUGCUGUAACAGUUACUAUUAUUCAUAUCAUCAUAACUUCAGUUGUUAUGUCUGAAUUCCCCCUGAUGUUACACUGGUGGCUGGCAUUAGGAUCUGGAGUAAUUUCAAUGAUUUGUGGAGGACAGAUUUUGGCAUACUGCUUGUUCAAAGACAACUUCAUUUACCCCAUUCUAGAUGAUUUUUGAAAAGGAAAAUUAGAACUUGCUUCUAUAUCUGUACGAUUUUUAUGGUUUCAUUAACAGUGUAAUUAAAAUGAA